CUGUGCACAUACCCUGUGCUGAUUCUCUGCCUAGGAGAGGAACAUGCAGCUGGAGAUCAAAGUGGCCCUGAACUUCAUCAUCUCCUACCUGUACAACAAGCUGCCCCGGCGCCGGGCAGACCUGUUUGGAGAGGAGCUAGAGAGGCUUUUGAAAAAGAAAUAUGAAGGCCACUGGUACCCUGACAAGCCACUGAAGGGCUCUGGCUUCCGCUGCGUCCACAUUGGAGAGAUGGUGGAUCCUGUGGUAGAGCUGGCCGCCAAGCGGAGUGGCCUGGCAGUAGAGGAUGUGCGUGCUAAUGUGCCUGAGGAGCUGAGUGUCUGGAUUGACCCUUUUGAGGUGUCCUACCAGAUUGGUGAGAAGGGAGCUGUGAAAGUGUUGUACCUGGAUGACAAUGAGGGCUGUGGUGUCCCGGAGCUGGACAAGGAGAUCAAGAGCAGCUUCAACCCUGACGCGCAGGUGUUUGUGCCCAUUGGCAGCCAGGACAGCUCCCUGUCCAACUCCCCAUCGCCGUCCUUUGGCCAGUCACCCAGCCCCACCUUCAUCCCCCGCUCUGCCCAGCCCAUCACCUUCACCACCGCCUCCUUUGCUGCCACCAAAUUUGGCUCCACCAAGAUGAAGAAGGGUGGUGGGGCAGCAAAUGGUGCAGGUGUAGCCAGUGGUGGGGCCGGUGGCCAGCAGCCACCACAGCAGCCUCGCAUGGCCCGCUCGCCCACCAACAACCUGCUGAAGCACAAGAGCCUCUCUUUGUCUAUGCAUUCACUGAACUUCAUCACGGCCAACCCGGCCCCUCAAUCCCAGCUCUCACCCAAUGCCAAGGAGUUCGUGUACAAUGGCGGCGGCUCACCCAACCUCUUCUUUGAUGGGGCGGAUGGCCAGGGCAGUGGCACUCCAGCCCCUUUUGGGGGCAGUGGGGCUGGUACCUGCAACAGCAGCAGCUUCGACAUGGCCCAGGUAUUUGGAGGGGGCACCAACAGCCUCUUCCUGGAGAAGACGCCCUUUGUGGAAGGCCUCAGCUACAACCUGAACACCAUGCAGUAUCCCAGCCAGCCCUUCCAGCCUGUUGUGCUGGCCAACUGACCAUCCACUUGCCCAUGGGGCCAGGAGCACCCAAGACCACAGAAAGGAAAAAGGAAAAGAAAGGCCAAAAAAAAAGAGGAAAAGAAAAAUAUACAAAAAGAUUUCCAAUCUUCUCAUUCUCACUUCUAGAAAAAAGAUCCAGCCCAGGCAUGGAUGGGAGGGGGCUCCCAAAGCACCAAAGCGUGUUUAACUCAACCCCCCUACUGUUUGCCUGCCUGCCUGCCUGUGAUUUACUUGGUUGGUUUGGGUUUUAUAUUUCUUUUUCUUUUUCUUUUUUACAUGUAGUUUUCUAUAUAACAUCUUUAAUUAGUGGCUUCCUGUGCUAAGAAUGGUCCAGAUGUGAAUUGCUGCUCCCUGUUCCUCCCUCCCUCCACACUCCUGGUUUAGGAUUGGUGUGUCCAAGCUUGUAGGGAAGGAAGAACUGCAGCUGAAGCCUGACCCUCCCUGGAAUAGGGAGCGGCUGGCCCGUGUCACUGCCUCUAUUACCCAGCUUUCCUUGCACUCAAAGCCAUCCAACCUCAGCAGGGCCUCUCAGGCCCUGCCACCCAAAUAGGUGUGACCCUGGCCCCUAUUCCCUUUCAGGCUGGGCCACAGGGAGCUGCCAGCUGGCAGCUUGACACCUUCCCCCUAGAGCUGAUGUCUGUGACUACAGGGAGGUUAGCACUAUGUCUAAUUCAAUUCCUUUCAUCUCUGUCCUGUGGCCCCACCCCACUAUCCCCUCCUAGUCCAGACCAUCAUCAUGGCCCUGGAAACCUGGCCGCUGAUAACAUGUGGCCUCUCUUUCUCUCAUGCAGCCCCUUCUUCCCUGGGCCGGAGGAGGUUGUGAGUAGAGAGGUGGGGUGUGUGUGUGUGUGUGUGUGUGUGUGUGGUUUGCUGUCCUUUUUUUAAAGGAUUCCAAGCCAUGUGAACCUUCCCCUCUGGAUGUGAUUCUGGGUUGCAGCAAGUGCUUAUUUAUGUGUGAGACUGGGAAUGGGUCUGGGGCAGUUGUCAGUCCUUUUAUUGGGCAGUACACAUGGUGGGUGACGCUGCAGCUGAGCAUAAGAUACUCCAGGGGGAAAGCACUGCAGAAAGAACUGGUUUCCAGACUGUGGAGGGAUCUGCACUUUUGUUUCUGACCAAAAAAACACAAGAAACCACAGAAUAGGUUAGCUCUCUGAAGGGCAGAGGCAAUACUCAAGCCUCUGAUGCUUCUGAGAAGUCGCUGGACCUCAUCCCUCCUGUUAUGUGACCUUUGCCUAGGGAGGAGCCGCUCCCCUGAGCAGCCUUGGUGAUGGUAGGGAACCGGGAGGCAGGAUGAGAUUUUGGAGUCAGUGUCUAUAGUGGGCAGUACUGAGCCUUGAGUUGAGACUUUUUGGUCUUUUGGUUGUAGAUGUUAUUUGAAGAUGUUUGUGCCCCUGCCUCACUGAGAGCUGCUUGGUACUUCUUGCCAUACCUAUGCCCUCUUACUGUCUGACCCAGCUCCACUGGACCUUGAUGCUGUGAGAAGUGGUGACCUGGGCAAACCUGGCUGCCUGGUCACCCAGCCAACCCAGCCAUCCCAGCCGAUGUACUUGGAUUGUAGAAGAGCAUUUGCUCCCCUGCCUCUGCUGGAAGAGCAGUUGUUGCUCUAGCCCUAGGGGGCCCAGUGAAUGUGGAGGGGAGCCGGGAGCAGAGUAGUGAACUUUUAUUCCUUUGGCAAGUGGGGCACUUGACACCAGGGUCCCAUCACCAGAAAGCACCAAACCCCCUGGCACCCCACCCCACCUCUUCCCCCCCAGGGGCCCCAAGUGGGCAACUGCUGUGGCAGUGGGUCCGGCCCAGACAGACACUGCCAGCAUUCUCUCCCUACAGUGGGCACCAGCUCUACCUCCCUCAGUGGGCAAUGCCCUGGCUUCUUGGCCUAGCACCAUCUGUUUCCCUAGACUUCUCAGGGGCCAGCCCAGCCUGGGCCACCCUCUUCCUCAUCCUUGGCCCCAAUACAGGUGACAGGCCCAGCAGAUAGCUUCUCUCUGGGAAAGGUUGGAUGCUGCCUUAUCCCCGCUGCUGCCCUGAACCCCUCCUCCCACGCUCACACAGAGGCACUCUCCCACACCCAGGUUGGCUUGUUUCUCACCAUAUACAGGGAGGAGGGGAAGACCAACCCCUUCGUGUCUUUUGAAAUACGAAGAAAAAUGUGUAUUCAGGAGCAUGACUCCACUGCUGGGCUCUUGGGCCCAGUUCAGUCUGUCUUGUCUCAAAUCUAGGCAUUUUGCUUCAAUUUUAUUUUUUUUAAGACGACAAAAACAGAAAUCUGCACUAAUUUACCUGGUUUCGUAGGAAAACUUUUUUUUUUAUUUUUUACAUUUUUUGGUGUCUGUUUGUAUUGAAUAAUUUGCUACAUUUGUAAAAUGUAAGAGGUAUAUAUAAUAUAUGUAUAUUUCUAACGUAAAAAACGUAAUUUUUUUCUUUUCAAGAUUUUUUCUUAAAAAAGAGGAGAGAAACAGAUAUUUUUUCAGGAAAACAAACUUUAAAAUAAAAAAAGAGGAGAAUAAAACCUUUUCCUCCCCUUUCCCCACCCUCUCUGUCUGUCCCUCUUUCCCAGGAUGAAAUCAAAAGGUGGAUUAUCUUGUGACGAAUGUAAACUGUUACUCCAGAAUGAUGUCUUUUUCUCAAUGCAGUGAGCUAUGGAUUCUCCGGUUUUUUCCCCUAGGGAUGGGAAGGGGGGCAUUGAGCAAAGUGGAGAGGAGCCGGGGGAGCAGGGUAAUGAACUUUUUUUCUUUAGUGAAGGAGGAAUACAAUCAAGCAUUUUGUAUUCAGACUGUUGUGCAAUAUUUUGGAAUGGGACAUUGGUGUGUUUAGAGAUUUUAGUUUAAAAACAAAACAAAAAGAUUGAUCAAAUCUGUACAGUUUAUAUUGUUCCAGAUUUUUUUAAGUUUGUAUUAAAAGCAUGAUAUAUAAUA